AUUCUAGUACUAAGUUACCUCCGAUUAUAGUGUCUACGGGUAGUAGUUGCGACUCAAGUUAGCGUAUAUACCUACCUACCUAAUCAGAUCUCACCCACAAAAAUCGCGAAAGUACACCCGUUUCAACCGUACGUUUCGUGUUUCACCGCCAGGGAAACUAAAAUCAAGCCGUAAGAAAAGCCACGCCGGCAAUGGCUUCCUCUAAUAAUCCGGCAAAGCCGGUGCACAUCCUGUUCGUUGGCGCCGGCGCCGUGGGCUGCUUCUACGCAUCCCGACUGCAUCAUCCCUCGCAGAAUGUCUACGCUUCGCUCAUAGCGCGCUCGAAUUACAAGGCCAUUAUCGCCGCCGGCGGAAAGGUCGAGCUGCAGACCCAUUCCUUCGGGAACUACACUUUCGCGCCUUAUGCCGUGUUCCCCAACAUCGACGCCGCCGUCCCGAGCGCGUCGUCAUCAUCGUCGGGUCCUGAGGCUGCUGUUGGUGGCGAGAAGAGCGCGGGUACGGGUACCCCGCCGAGCGAGGGGUGGGACUACAUCAUAGUCACGACGAAAGCCCUGCCCGACCGAACCGACGAUGCGGCGAUGGUGGCGCCGCUCGUCAGCGAGAAGUCGUGCCUCGUGCUGAUACAGAACGGCGUCGGCGUCGAGGCGCCGUACCGCGCGCGCUUCCCGCGCAACCCCAUCGUGAGCGCCGUCACCGUCAUCAGCGCAGAGCAGAUCCGGAACGGGGUCGUCCGGCAGAACCGGUGGACGCGGAUCAGCCUGGGCCCGUACGGCCACGGGCUCGGCGCACCUCCCGGUGUGGGCGACCAGGCCGGCGAGGAGCCGGUAGCGCGCCUCGGCGACGAGCGCAUGCGCGCCCUCGCGCGCUGGUGGACGGCGCUCGGCGGCAUCCGCGACGUCGAGACGCACUCGGAGCUCGAACUGCAGACGAUCCGGUGGCACAAGCUGUGCAUCAACGCGGCCUUCAACCCGACGGCGGUGCUGUCGGGCGGCCGCGGCAACGCCGACCAGCUGACGGACCCGGAGCUGCGGGAGCACGUCCUCGGCAUCAUGCACGAGAUCCGGGACGCCGCCCCCUUAGUCUUGGGAAAGCCGUUGCCGGAUACGCUGGCGAGCCCCGAGAAGAUCGUGAAAAGUACGGAGAGGAAUACGGGGGGGAGGCCGAGUAUGCUUUUGGAUUGGGAGGCGGGGCGGCCGAUGGAGAUUGAGGUUAUUUUGGGGAAUCCGGUGAGGAUUGCGAGGGCGAAGGGGGUGCAGAUGCCGCGGUUGCAGAGCUUGUAUGCGUGUUUGAGGAGUAUGCAGAGGAUGAGGGAGGAGAGGGAGGAGAGGGAGAAGGGGAAGGGGAAGUUGUAGAUGUGGAUUGGGGUUGGGGAUUGGGUUCUGGGUUAAGUUGGAUCUUGUUCCCUGAGCUGAUACCUUUGUGUUUUGGUAUAUACUCGUCGCGUAGGUAUGGUACGUGAGGUUUCGCUGCACACUUGUAGACCUGGUGACUCGUGAGAUACCAUAGUGAGUAACUACACGACUUGUCCUUGACAGUGUUGAUCAUAAAACUCAAUACAAGAAUUUAUGUGUUUA